UAAGCUGUUCGUUUUAAUCCGUCUUCAGUUCGCGUAAUCGUCUUGAUCCAUUUGGACGUUAGGACUCUAUCUGAUAUUCAGUUGCUCGUUUAUUUAGCGUGUGUUUUCGUUGUUUAGCGUGAAUUAUUAUUAAAGUUAUAAUCUGACUCUGGUGUUUGUAUGGGGAGGGAUCGAACGCGUAACAGAUGAAGACAGUCAGUCGUGGUCGUUGUGACGACAUUGUAUGAAAUAACAUGCAAAACAUUAUCAUCGCGUUUUCAACUUAUCAUCGCAAAAUGUUAUCGCUAUUGCUAGUGUUGGUAUUGUUGGAUCUGACGCAGUUAUCUGAAGAAGCGGACAUAGUUUUUCGUAACACGGGUCAUGACGAAGGAGAUGCGUGUUCUCUAGACAAUGGCCUAUACGGUCAAUGCCGAAGGCAUAGUCAAUGUAUCGCUUACUCUGAACUGAAAAAUCAAUGCGGAUUCAUAGGGUCAGAACCAGUACUGUGUUGUGAUGUCCUUCAGGAACAGUGCAACGCGAUUAGAUUAGCUAGAACUGGAAAACCCCCUGUGGUGGACCACAUCAUCGGGGAAACUGAAAUCGUUGAAAUAGAAGAAUUUCCGUUCAUGGCUCUGCUGAUGUAUUCCAACCCGGAAUUUCGUUGCGGUGCUUCAUUAGUUUCCGAUCGGUUUUUGCUUACGGCGGCCCAUUGCAUAAGAAACAGGGAACAAAUGGUACCGGAGUCCGUUAUGCUUGGAACGAUAGAAGCGGAUGAUCCGGGUGCCACCAUAAUUCGUAUCAAUAGAACCUUCGUGCAUGAAAACUAUAAAGCAAAAACCAAGCAGAACGAUAUAGCAAUAAUCAGGUUAGACAAGCCCAUUAUAAGGAGUUCGCUAAUUAAACCGAUUUGUUUACAUACAAACCAGGAUUAUCUACCAGAAACGGAAGAGUUGACUAUUGUAGGAUGGGGAGUGCAGAAUGAUCAACGCGACUUAUCGAAUCUUCUUUUGAAAGGAACAGUCCGUCCGAUUCUGAUCGCAGCUUGUAGGAAACGGUUCGGUCAAGCGCCGAAUGGAGGCGCUGUGCAGUUGACAGUGAACCACCUUUGUGCCCUGGGUAACGAAACGCAGAAUAGUAUCGCUACCGAUGCCUGUCAAGGGGAUUCCGGCGGUCCGCUGGUUUUGACACAGAAUGAAAUACACUAUCUCACCGGUAUUACGUCGACCGGCGGCGGCUGUGGGAGUGUUUAUUUUGCCGGAGUCUAUACGCGAGUUAGCAUGUAUCUUCAAUGGAUUAUAUCGAAGGGAGUGUUCGAGAAAUCGUAGGAUCGAAUUGGAGUUGUAAAUUAAUUACAAUUUGUUAAAUGUAUUAAGUUUGACCGUAAUUGUCGAGGUUAAUGUACUGAACAAAUAUUACCAUCUUCGAAAGUCAGAAGAAAAAUGAUCUAAAAUUCAUUCUUUUUAUAAA